CUCUGUACUCUCCACCUCGCCACCACACAAUGACCGCGGCGUGGAGCUUCUCCAGCUCGCCCCAGUUCCCCUCCAGCUUCCCCGGGACGCCGCGCAGCCCCGGCCCGACCUCGCCCUUGUCCCGCUCGCCACUGUUCGACCGCGCGUGGACAAUCUCGCUCGACACGGACAGGCCGGCACACCGCUCGUGGUCGCUUGCCGCCGGCCCACCACCUCCAUCCAACCCGCCCAUACUCCCGCCCGAGGUCCUGCGCCGCGUGAUUGCCCAUGCGCUCGCCCUGCCCCCGUCGUAUCCCUCCGACGUGGGCCGCAAGCCGCCCGCAGCGAGCUGGGACGCGCACGGCGGCCGGGCUGCGCGCAAGGCGCUCGCGGCGCGCGUCGUGCAGCGCGAGGGCGUGGCGCGGACGGCGCGCGCGCUCAUGUGUGUCUGCCGCGCUUGGAAGCCCCUCGUAUUGAAGUACCUCUAUGCCGAGCCCCACAUCCACGGGGACAACGUCGCGGGCCUCGCGCAGGCGCUCGUGCUCGGCGACCGCAAGUGGUCCGACAUCAACAUCCACCCGCACUCGGUGCCCGGGCGGUGGAUCACCGUGCUCGACCUGAGCGGGCUCGGCCCGGGCGGGUCGUAUCUCGGCGCUGACCCCGUGACUGUGCGCCGCGCGUGCUCGGCCCUGCUGGAGCUCGCGCCGCGCGUCACCCAUCUCCGACUGCCCGUCACCGGCGUGUCGCUCGACGACCUGCGCGUCGCGCCGUGCAUCCGCAAACUGAAGGCCCUCGAGGGCGUGCACCUCGGUAAUGAGGAGAGCGAGGUCGAGGCCGUGCGGCUCCUGCGCGCCGCGAAGGAGCUGGAAGUCCUCGGACUCGUGUGGAUAGGCGGUGCGCUGCCCCCCGACGAUGAGGAGGCGCUCGACGACCUCGACCUCGACGACGACCCGGAUGCCCCCCCGCCCCCGCCGCCGCUCAACCUCGCCCACCUGCACACGCUCACCCUGGUCGGCGGACCGCCGGGCACGCUGCUGUCCACGUUGACGCGGUCCGACCUCCCGCGGCUGUCGAGGCUUGUGAUGUCGCCAUACGAGUCGCGCUUGAGCGCGUGGGAGGACGACCCGGUGCGUGGCGGUCGCCGCGCGCUACAGCUCGCCCACGGCGACAAGAUUGUCAGCCUGACGUACGUUGCCACCAUGGACUGGCCGCGCAACGACCUCAUGCCGCCGGCGGACACGCUCUCGCUGCACCCGCAGCUGCGCCAUCUCAACCUCGCCCUCCCGCACGCGCUGCUGGCGGAGAACCCCCAGUUCGCACUAGCGCUCGCGCGCGCCGACCACCCACUAAUGCACGUCACGCUGCCGCGGUGGCCGCGCGUGCCUCAGUCGUCCGUCUCGCCCGGCCCUGGCUCGGCGCCAGCACAGCUCCAGCCCAACGCGUCCGCCGCAAGCCUCCGCAGCCUCCCCAGCCCGGGGGGCAACGCGUUCCUCAGCACGCUCAUGUCGCGCCCGUCACGUAUCCGCACGAUCGCAAUCGACGGGUUCACGUGGGUGCCGCCCGCGCUGGGCCGCUGGGCCGCCGAGUCGGGCGACAGCGGCAUGCUGCGUAACUGGGCGACUUGGCUGGUACGCUUUGGCGUCGACCUUAAGGACAUGGACGGCGGCGCCGCGCCUAUCGUCGACAGGGGCAGGGCGGGCGGCGGUGUCGGGCGCUCGAGCUUUGACUCGGGCUCGUUUGGCGGACCGAUGCAGCGCCGAGGCAGCGGCCAGGGGCGCGGACGGAGCAGCUUUGAUGGCGGCGCGUUGGCGGCCGCUGCGGCCAUUGCGCGCCGCCAGAGCGGCGGCUCGGCGGGUGCGUAUGGCGGGCGGAGGAGAGCGAAUAAUGGCGAGUCGGACGAGGAGGACAGUGAUGGGGGGUAAGGCGGCGUCGGGCCGUCCGCGCAGCGGAUGGCGUAGGCGCAGUCCAUCCGCCACCACCAAGCUCUUCUCGUCUCUUUGGCGCACUGCCACUGCCACUUCGCCACAAGCCAGCACGCACCCCUCACAGUAGUACCAAAUCCCCCCUCAUACUAAUACGUUGUAGAUCUAGACCAUGGCACCAUGCAUUGUGAGUGAGCAUCG